UUUCUCUCCAUGGAAAUCCCAGAGGUCGGCAUCAUGUCCACCAAAGUGCCGAUCUACCUGAAGAGAGGAAGCAGGAAGGGGAAGAAGGAAAAACUCCGUGACAUCCUCUCCUCCGACAUGAUCAGCCCACCCUUGGGGGACUUCAGGCACACGAUCCACAUCGGGAGCGGCGGGGAGAGCGACAUGUUUGGGGACAUCUCCUUCCUUCAAGGGAAAUUUCACCUCCUCCCCAGGACCGAAAGCAGUUUGGAUUCCGAUCAGGACAGUCCCGAGGCGGCUCCGUUUGAGUUCUCCAGGACAGCCACCAUCUCCGGCCGCCAACCAGCGUCCUCAGAAACUCCCUCCCCUCUCCUCAAAAACGCCAUCUCCUUGCCCGUCAUCGGGGGGCCACAA